UCAAGCUAGCGGUCCGUACUCAAAAGUGAACCAGAAGUGAUACUCUUAUAGUGUAACAGGGGGAGGUGGAAACAUCUCUGAAAAGGUUUUGAGCUAGUUAAACUAAGGCACCAGAUGUUCGACAAGUAAUUGUCCCUGUUUUUGGUUUACCUUGUAACGUUACAGUUGACCGCGACUAUUUUUCUGCUCCCCGAUGACUUCCUCUAUCUCAGACUGGAUUUGGAGUGAGAGGUUUUGGCUUCCCGAAAAUGUUACAUGGGCGGACCUGGAGCGACCACCAACUGGUGUGGAGUAUCCCCGAAUAAGACAUAUUUUAUACGCCCUUCCUCUGGCUGUCUUAGUUUUUCUACUAAGAUUGGUUUUUGAAAGGCUAGUGGCCAAGCCCUGUGCCCACAUACUUCAGAUUCAGGCGGGAGUGCCUCGGCAAGCUCAGCCUAAUGCUGUCCUGGAGAAGGUGUUUCAGUCCAAAACGUGUCCUGACACGAAGCAACUGGAGGGACUCUCCAAGCAGCUGGACUGGGAUGAACGGAAAAUACAGAGAUGGUUUCGGGUCCGUCGAAACCAAGACAGGCCCAGUAUGCAGAAAAAGUUCUGUGAGAGCAUGUGGCGAUUUACAUUUUACCUGGGGAUUUUUAUCUAUGGCAUUCGACAUUUGUGGGUGUCGCCUUGGAUGUGGGACACCAGACAGUGUUGGUACAACUACCCUUUUCAGCCUCUGAGUCCUGGACAGUUCAACCACUAUGCAGCUGAGCUUUCUUUCUAUUGGUCUCUGAUGUUUUCCCAGUUCAUAGACAUUAAACGUAAGGAUUUUAUUAUCAUGCUUGUCCACCAUCUGGCCACCAUAUUCCUCAUCACAUUCUCCUAUGCCAACAACAUGCUAAGAGUUGGCACUUUGGUCAUGUGUGUGCAUGAUGCAUCCGACGUCUUUCUCGAGGCUGCCAAACUGGCCAACUAUGCCAAGUACCAACGGCUAUGUGAUGGCCUGUUUGUGAUCUUCAGCAUAAGCUUUUUCUGCACUCGACUUGUCAUCUAUCCUUUCUGGGUUGUUUACAGUGUCCUGGUUGAGAGCUGGGAGAUUGUCGGGCCAUACCAGGCCUGGUGGUUGCUCAACGGGUUGCUCUUGGUGCUGCAGACUCUUCACGUCAUCUGGUUCUACCUCAUCGCUCGCAUUGCUAUCAAAGCCAUAUUCAAGGGAAAGGUGGCAAAAGACGACCGCAGUGACAUUGAGAGCAGUUCGGACGAGGAGAUUUAUUCCAGUUCCGGUAAAAAUCCUUGUCAGACCCUAAAACCAAAGGACAACAGUCACACUGGUAACCUUAAUGGAGAAACUCAUGACCACUGAGUACCAUGAGGGAAUGUUUACAUUCAGUGUGGCUUUUACUCACCUGCUGCGUGCCUGUGUGACCCACCUUGUCAUUUUGACCUCCUGAAAAGUCUACCAACGUUUUUUCACGCAGAAAGAUUUGCUGACACGUUCAAAUGGAGAGUGGACUCGGAUACAGGGGAACUCCAUGUUGGGCAUACAGUCUUAGCGCUGUCUGACUGAGUCAAGUUUACAGUGUGUGAGGUUUACACCUGCUUUAUGCGUACGGGAGUAGACAGAGAAAUGUGUGUGUGUGUGUGUGUGUGUGUGUGUGUGUGUGUGUGUGUGUGU